UUUUAAUUCUAGGGUUUAUUAUAAUCAGUCGAGCGCUGUGCAGCGGCCGCAGAGAGAAGAGGACCAGCGAGACCGUCACUGUCCAGAGGCAAGAGAAACCCCGCACCGGGACACAGCCACUCGGUCCCUGAGCUGCACGACUCGAAUGAGCCGCUAGCCGGGACCGAGCUGCACGAACACCGAGGCGGCGCAAAGAUCCCACUGCAGCCGGGGGGAAAACCGCUCCUGAAACAGAGUGCCGCGAGUGAAUUAUCCGCCUGCGAGAGUCCAGCGCUUAUCAGCGCGUUUAUUGAACACAUCAGAUCACGCAGAUCACGGGUUUUCUGGAGGAAGCAGACCCUGCUAUAAAACCCCUGUGAUCCACCCGCCCCACCACGACGAUGGUUCUCUUCCUCUCCCUCCCCUCCCUCCUCCUCUUCCUCCUCCUCCCCUCCCUCUCCCCAGCUCUGGACUCGGAGCUCUCUGUCACGACCCGGGCCGGCAGGGUCAAGGGGGUCCGGCUGCCGGUUCCGAACUCCAGAGGAGGGGGCGGGAGUCACGUCUCAGCCUUCCUGGGGAUUCCCUUCGCGGAGCCCCCAGUGGGGAAGCUGCGUUUCCAGCCCUCGCUCCCAAAGAAGCCGUGGCCGGGUACGUGGGACGCGGGCUCGUACCCCAACGCCUGCUACCAGUACGUUGACAUCUUGUACCCGGGCUUCCCUGGCAUCGAAAUGUGGAACCCCAACCGGGAGAUGAGCGAGGACUGCCUGUACCUCAAUAUCUGGGUCCCGUCGCCCCGCCCCCGCAACGCCUCCGUUAUGGUCUGGAUCUACGGGGGCGGGUUCUACAGCGGCUCAUCGUCGCUCGACGUGUACGACGGGCGCUUCCUGGCCCAAUCCGAACAGGUCCUGGUGCUCUCCAUGAACUACCGGGUGGGGUCCUUCGGGUUCCUGGCCCUCCACGGCUCCCAGGAGGCCCCCGGCAAUGUGGGGCUACUGGACCAACGCCUGGCCCUCCAGUGGGUGCAGGAAAACAUCCAGUUUUUUGGCGGCAAUCCCAAAUCGGUGACCAUAUUCGGGGAGAGCGCCGGGGGGGUCUCGGUGGGCAUUCACCUCCUCUCCCCGGACAGCCGCCCGCUCUUCUCCCGCGCCAUCAUGCAGAGCGGGGCUCCCAACUGCCCCUGGGCCACCGUCACCCCUGCUGAAGCCCGCAGGAGGGCCACGCUGCUGGGCAAGCUGGUGGGGUGCGAGGGGGACAGCUCCUCCAGGAACAACGACAGCCAGCUGGUGGACUGCCUGCGCUCCAGGGAGCCCCAGGAGCUGAUCGAUCAGGAGUGGCUGGUGCUGCCCUAUCGGAGCCUGUUCCGCUUCUCCUUCGUGCCGCUGAUCGAUGGCGUCUUCCUCCCCGACCCCCCCGAGGCAGCGUUGAGCCCCACGGUGUUCAGGGACCCCCCCCCGGCGCUGCUGCUGGGGGUGAACCAGGACGAGGGCUCCUACUUCCUGCUGUAUGGGGCGCCCGGCAUCAGCAAGGACAACGAGAGCCUCAUCAGCCGGGAGGAUUUCUUGGAAGGGGUGCGUAUGAGCGUCCCCCACGCCAACGACAUCGGCCAGGACGCCGUGGUGCUGCAGUACACCGACUGGAUGGACGAGAGCAACCCAGUCAAGAACCGCAAUGCCCUGAACGACAUCGUGGGCGACCACAACGUCAUCUGCCCCCUGCUUCACUUCGCAGGGGCGUACGCUGGUUUGGGGAGCCCUGGGGGGGCCAGCGGAGGGGGAGGAGGGGUCUAUGUUUACCACUUUGACCACCGCGCCUCGAACCUGCCGUGGCCCGAGUGGAUGGGGGUGAUCCACGGCUAUGAGAUUGAGUUCGUGUUCGGGCUGCCCCUGAACCACAGCCUGAACUACACUGCCGACGAGGAGAGGAUGAGCCGACGCAUCAUGAGAUACUGGGCCAACUUCGCCAGGACUGGGAACCCGAACGAGCCCUCAGAGUCCGGGCGCCGCUGGCCCCUCUUCUCUGCUGCAGAGCAGAAAUACGUGGGGCUGAACCUGGAGCCUCUCAAGGUGUUCCGCGGGCUGCGCACCCAGGUGUGUGCCUUCUGGAACCGAUUCCUGCCCAAGCUGCUCAACGUCACAGGUGAACCAAACCUUUCUGUACCUCUCUGUACCUCUCUGUACCUCUCUGCACCUCUCUGUACCUCUCUGCACCUCUCUCCAUCUCCCUCCACCUCUCUGUACCUCUCUAGUAAGGCGGCGAGAGUAGGUGGAGAGAGGUGGAAGACGAUGAGUUUCACAGGUGGAGAGAUCUACAAAUGCACUGGAGAGCCAGAAGAUUCGGAUCACUACAGCAAGUACAGGAAGCGCAUGCGACGGAGCUGUGAGAGACGUCGAUCCUACAUGAUGCACUGGAAGAGCCAGUUCGAUCACUACAGCAAACAGGAGCGCUGCGCGGAGCUGUGA